AGUCAAACGGCGUGAGGGAUUAACGCAUCCAGGACGACGUCCGCUUGAGCAGAGAACCCAGGGAAAUCAAGGGUGGGGGAGUUGCUGAGUUCGGGGACGAUGGAAGCUUUCAGAUCGAUGCUCCUGAAUGUGGGAGCCAAGAACGUUUCGUUCUCGACCUACAGGAGGCAGAAGCAGGAGGACGAGCAGCAGGGCCUCGGGAUGGAGAGCAAGUCGGAGGAAAAUGAGCAGGAAGAUCCCACGGGAGGCAGCGACACGGUGGGCCUGGUGGUCAGGAGAUCCCUGAUCCAGAAGAGAAGCCUGCUCUACCUGGUGCUUGGGACCCUUUUCCUCCUCAUCAUUGCCUUCAUACUUGGCUACAUCAGUUCUCGGAGAUCCUGCAAGGCCUGUGAGGAGAUCGGUCUGCCCAGUGAGGAUACUGUGGUUAGUAACACCUGUGAUUAUCAGCGAGAUGUGGACAUCGACCCAGAUCCUGUCCUGUACUGGGGAGAUCUCACAGCGAUGCUCAAGAAAUAUAUCAAUCAGGAGGACAUCACCAAGCACAUCAGAAUGAUGAGUGAGGAGCCACACCCUUCUGGCUCCGCGAAACUACAUGAACUGACGACAGCCAUUCACAAAGAAUUCAACAGCUACGGACUUCAUCAUGUCUGGGCAGAUUCACACUACGUCUCACUGCCGUUUCCAGACAGCUCUUCUCCAAACUACCUGAGGGUGACGAAUGUAAACGGCACAAUCCUGCAGAAGGUGAACCUGGACAAUGAGGCAUAUUUUGCCUACAGUCCGUCUGGAGUGGUCUCUGGGGGCUUGGUGUAUGCUCACUAUGGGAGAGACGAGGACUUUGAGCGGUUGGGAGAUCUCAACGUGGCUGUCCAAGGCAACAUUGUCAUCUUGCGUGCAGGUCGUAUUAGCCUCGCUGAGAAGGUAGCCAGUGCUGAGCAGUAUGGAGCAACUGGUGUUCUCAUCUACCCUGACCCCAGCGACUACCCACAGAACCCUAGGGACCGUGGGCUCCAUAGCAACACCUGCAUCUCGGGGCAUGUCCACCGUGGGACAGGAGACCCCUUCACGCCUGGAUUCCCUUCCUUCAACCACACGCAGUUCCCUCCCGUCAACUCGUCUGCCCUGCCUACCAUUGUGGCACUGCCCAUCAGCGCCAACGCAGCCAUCACCCUCAUGAGUAAGUUACGGGGACAGGAGGCUCCUAUACCAUGGAGGGGUAAACUCCCUCACGUCACCUACAAUCUUGGUCCUGACUUGGAGAAUCCAGGGGAUCAGAUCCAGUUCAGCGUCUGUAGCCGCAUGGUCCCCACGAUGAUCAGCAACGUCUUUGGCUCCAUCGAUGGCUUCUCAGAACCCGGUGAGGAUGACAGUGCGUUCGGGGGCACUCGCCACACAGCCAGCUCACCCGCAUCCGUGCUCCCUACCCACUUACCCCACCCAACCCUCUCCCCAUCUCCUAACCCCUACCCCGUCCCGGCCACAGGUCUGUGCUACAUUUACCCUGAGUGUGUCAGCGUGAGUGUGAGUGUGUGAGGGUGAGUGUGAGUG